CAAUUGUCAUUUCAGGGUCAUGCUAUCAACUAAUUUACUUGGAUUGUCUGCUCGGGCACGACCAGUGUUAACUGCACAAACACAGAAUGUUAGAAAGGCUUUCUUUUCUAUAAGUUUGGCAAGAUCUUCCCCAAAACAAACUGCUCAGGACGCAAGCAAAGUCGCCAGUGACUCCACAAUCGACAAUGUUGACAAGUCAGCCAACAAUGUGCUUCCAAGCUCUAUCGCUUUCCUUGGUAGCUCAAAGACCCAGCAGCCAUCUCUUGCACCCUAUACCGGUCGAUCCCUCAAUGUCUUCCACAAUGUCAAUAACACUUACCGAAAACUCAACAGCAUUCUCGCUCAGAACAAUGUUAGACGAGAACUCAAGUCCAUUGAGUACUAUGAAAAGCCUAAUGUAGCCAGAAGAAGAAAGAAGAUUGAACAGAACAGAAAGUUAUUUGGAGCUUUGGUUCGCAAGAAGGUUGCACUUAUUAUGCAGAUGAAGCAGAGGGGUAUGUAACGCUGAAGAAACCAAGAUUUUUCGAAAACAUCCAUCAAAACGCUUGGGCUUGUGAAGCUCGUCAUUGUAGACAAUAGAUAAAAUAAAAUGUACAAUUCAAAUCACAUCAAUCAUCUCCCC